AUGGCGGAUGCGAUUACGGUUGUGGAGGGGCCAGUCAAAAUAAAAGAGAAUAAAAAGUGGAAGACACGAUGGUGUGUAAUUCGAAAGUUAUCGCCAGCUGCGGACCGACUCCACAUUGCCAUCCACAAAGACGCCAUCCAGAGUCAGAACAAGGGUAUAUUUCCAUGCCAGGAGUUCUUCACAUUCCAGAAGGGGGAGAGAAUCGUCGACAAGGAACGCUACGUGAUCGCCAUCACGUGCAUACAACACGUUGUCAUGAUUGCGUUUACCAACAAGUCGAUGAUGAUGGACUGGGAGGAUGGCAUACGAAAUAGUCUUGGACGAGACCAUGAAUUCAGUGUCGUAUUGGUCAGCGUUCCCUCACAGAGCAAAUUCCCAUCCGGUCCAGCUGUUCUGCACAUCCAGCCUCAGCGAAUCUGCCUGACGUCAGUCUUCCCUCCGAAAUUCUAUGGUGCAUGGAACAUGUGGGACAUAAAGAAAUACGGCAUUCAGAAAGACAAAUUCAUUUUCGAGGCGGGACCUCGAUCUGGUGCAGUUGCUGGCGUUUACAUUCUGUCGUCAUUAUAUUGUGAGGAGAUCAACACCCUGAUUAACCAGUGUGGUGCUACAUACGACAGAACGUGGCCUGAUCCUCAGCCCGGGCUCCGCCAAAUCACAAGAAGGGCAAGGAUAAGAGAACAGCUCGAAAAAAUACGGCCGAUUAGUCUGACAGCGAGUGUCAAAGACUUUACAAAUACCCAAGUCAACGCAGACGUCAACUUCAGAUCGAAUGAUCAGUUAGAACAUGUUGAGAGCGGCACCCUAACCAGUAUUGAGAAUAUUACGAGCAUCGAAAACAUUAUCAAGGAGCGUUUGAUGUCCCAGUGUGAUGUACCAAAGCGUCGAUCGCGAAGUCUUGAAACGAAGGAUUCAGAACACUCGGAGGAAUUGAGAUUAAAACCGCCUGCAAAAUUGCCUCCGAAACCCAAACCAGUUGGUCAGGUUUUAAGUAGCAGCACAUCAGUUCCAAUGGGGUUAAGUGCUCGCGGUAUUUCGCCAAAUGGGCGUAGUUAUGUGCGAAGUGGUGUGCCGGAAUCGGAAAAGAAUUUGACUCCCACUUAUAAAAAUGGCGGCAGCGACCGAUGCAAAAAUGAUCAAAGCUGGGCUGAUGAUGUUUUCCGUGCUGUCAAUUUGGAGAAAGACUUGCAUCACUCCAGCAGUCGAGAGAUAUUGGCUGAUUUGAAUGCUAAAAGUGCCUCUCGUGGGGAUAAGAUAUCUGUGCCAAAUAAUGACAGUGUCAAUAAGUGCUCAAGCAGUGCACCGCCUGUCCAAGGUGAUACUGCGCCUGUCUUCCUGCCAGUUCCAACACCGCCCCAUUUGAAAGCGGACAAACCACCAGCGCUUCCGCCAAAAGUUAAAUCUGUCCAAAAGGAUGUAACCGAUGGUGCUGAUUGCAAUGUGCCUCACGAUUAUAUCAAUUUAGCAGGUGACCAGGAGCAACAACCAGCUAUGCAAAACCAAAAUCAAACUAUGCAAUCCAAUGCAAAAACAUUCCAGAGUAGUCCACCCAAGCCGGGACCAAAAACAAAUCAUCCACGCUCAAGUUCUGUAGAACCUAACCACCCACGCUCAAAUUCGGAUAGUUCUGACCAAAAAUCAUUUGGAUAUCUGAGACCAAAUAUGUCUGUGCCAAAUAUGAGACAGACAGCGACCAAAAGUUACAGAGGAUCGAUGCGCCUCGAGGAGAUUGAUUUGCGGGGUUUUGAUGAUCGAGAGAAAAACUAUAUGUACGAUGUCAAAAUUAGCAACGAUUCUAUUGUGCUUUGUUCAGAUACGAAUAUUGCCGCCCCAAAACCGCAAAAACCAAUGAACCAUUCUUAUGUGAACUUACCUCAGCCUUUGAAUAAAUUGACUGUGCCUCCUCCACCAGUGCCGCUGCCACCCUCACCAACCGUCACCGCAGCAGCUAUCAGUGUAGCAAGUCCAACUACGGGAAAAGUCCAUGUUUAUCAAAAUGUGCCCUCCCCCACUCCUUUGAAACCAGAGGUCCCGGAGAAACCUGAAAUGCAGAAUGUUCUACCUAAACCAGAUCAACCAGAAGCAAGUGAAAAACCACUAUCAGAGAAGAGACAUUCCUAUGUAAAUCUUCCCCCAGCUGACUCCGAUAUCCCAAUAUCUGAUUACCUCGAUAUGAAGGCAUCACCGGAACUUGAAAGGCCACGUCGACCUGGCCGACCUGCAAACCUCGUCAUCAAAACAUCUCCAGACUCUGCUCCAAGUAGCCGCCGUCCAUCUAGUCCCCUGGAAUAUAUUGAUAUGAAAGGAGUUGAUGCGCCCACCAGUCCUGACUAUCUUGACAUGGGCAAUGGCAGUGAGGCUGUAGCUUUACUUUCUCCGGACGCUGACUCUCCAUUUUUGGAUUACAUCCCGAUGAAGAGUCCAGUGACGAAGGAGCCGAAUGAGGACUAUCAAAAGGUAAAGGCAGAGGAUUACUUGGAGAUGAAGUCGGAAGACCCUGCCGCUCAAGGAUUACCUCGUGUUCCUUCGACAGCAAGUUUCAAAAAGAUACGGAAACUAAGUGAUAAUUCUGAUUGCGGUUCUAGCUCCCAGAUGUCCCUUCUGACCCAGGAUUUGUACGCUGAGGAAACAGGUAGCAGUAACUACAUCAAUGUGCCUGAGGAUGACAGUUUGCUGAAGAGGCAAAGUGUUUGCAGUAUUGCCACUAGUUCAAGGUGGACGACUGACACAAGUCGGGUCCAAGGGAAGGGUAGGAUUGGCCGAUCACAGAGCGUGUGUGUUGGGGGCUCAAGUCCAAAACGACACUCACUCAUGCAGUAUCAUAGCAUGGAAGGUGAACUUGAUGACGAGUUGAGUACAAGACCCCUCUCCUCGAUAUGGAAGAAACCUCCAUCACCUGGUCCAAAUACGAAAUGUUCUAUCGACAGUCGCGAUGACAAGAAGGAGAAUAUCCCGAACAGACCUCGUGAGCCGUUCAACAACCUAAUUCAACCGCAUGCUGAACAUAGCCAGAAAACCAAAGGAAGGCUACCCCGUCCUCUCUCAACUUCGAGUGUUGAGCCGCCAAGCCCAAAACCUUCUUCAGGAAAGUCUUCCUUCUUCAGUCGCUUGAUUAGGAGAAGUACAAAGGACAAGAAGAAGAGCAAAAGCCAAGACGAUAUCUUGGAUACGGAUAAAAAUGAAUGGGUCGUGAUUGAUGUUCCGUUUGAUGCACCUCAACCGCCAGUUCCGCAAGUGCAAUUAUCGCAGCGCCGCCCGGAGAGGUCUGCAAGUCUUCCAAUACGCCACGUGCAGACGUCUCCUGUGAGGUUGUCUUCCGUUGCCGGUGCUGAUUGUAACGUUGACUCCAAUCUUGGCACCAUCAGUUCAUUGCCGUUUGGGCAACGUUUGUCUUCUUCUGCUGAGCACCAGUAUCACUAUAUUGACGUUCCUGGUACAACUCCGCCCAAAAAUGAUCAGCGAGUCGAUCCUAUCACGACUCGUAUUGACCGUGAUAACAGAUCUAUUACUGACUCGACUGGCCGUUUAGGCUCAACUGUUGGUGGUCUGCGAACUUUACCCGAAGAAUCGAAUUCACGUUUUCAUGAGGUGAUCGUAGGAGCAAAGAAGACAUCCCCUAUUGCCACGCCAACGUCUACCCGUGAACGUGCUGCGUCUCAGCCGAUUCCCAUUACAUCCCCAGCAGCUCCUCCACCAUUGCCGCCUCGGAAGGUAUCCGUUCCAGUCUCUCCUACAGUGCCACGACCGCAGCAAACAACACCCUCUAUGCAACAACAGAAAAUGCCUGUCAACUCCGACUAUGCCCCAAUAUGGAAGGCCAGGAGUUAUCUUGAAAAACGGAAGGAUUCAGCAAAAAGUGGUGACGUGGUCGAAAAUCACACGAAAUCAGACAACAAGGUCGGGUCAACAGUUGCGAUAACGGACAGUAUCGAUAAUCUUUCAUUGUCAUCGCACAGUAGCGAUACCACCAGUCUCCGGGGAGAAGAGGCUCAGAAGGCCAGCCCGGCAACGACGCUAUUACGACCAAGAUCGGGCAAGGAGUACCAGAAAGUCGAUCGUAAGAAACUGUCAGAGGAUAUUUCACAACCUGAGCCGAGAACGCCGACCACUCCCACAGGUGUGUUCACUUUUGAGGAAACAAUGAUGAGCUCAGAGUCACCGUCUCGGAAUUGUUAUAUUGGUGGGCGUGGAAAUCAUUCACCUAAGUCACCCGAUAGUACUAGUACUAGUAGUGAAGGGCGGCCCAUACCACCGAGGAUUGGUGAUCCAAACUAUGUGGGCGCGAAGGAUCGCGAUCGUGUGUAUAUGAACUUGGACAUGACACCACCAGGUACCCCCCCAUCAAACUCAUGUUACUCAGUUAGUCCACAGCCGUUAGAACAGACAAAUCCGUAUUUAAAUUACGCUGAAUUAGACUUGUCGCCGGGACAUAAAAAUCGGCCAAAUGUGAUGCGGGACACGCCUCAGGCGCGUCCGAAGGACCCUGAAAUACCUAUACAGUCAAGACCUCAAUCCGCUCAAAUCAACUAUGCCGACCUUGACCUUAUGCAGGCGAGCAAGGACAAUAAGAAAAAGGUGCGAAAACCUGUGCAGAGGGCGUCUUCUAUUGAAUAUGCUCAAAUUGACAUGGUCUAUACCGCAGCGUUAUCUAAGACUGGCAAGGACCAUGCAAUAUAUCGUGAAGAUCCGCCAGUCAGCAGUUUAAGACGUAGUGAGUCGUCAAAGAAGACUUCAUCGCCAUUAUUAAGUGGAAUAACGAAUUCUAGAAAGGGUCAGACAGGGUUUUUCCGCGACAGAAAGGGGAGCGCCUCGACUAAUACUUGAAGGGUAAUGCAGGAAUUCUGUAGAUUUUGAUGUUAAACUUGCCUAGUUUGUGAUUGUUACUCAUGGAGGUGUAGCGUGUAAUCGAGUCCUCUCGGUCAUACUGGAGAAAGCCGGGUCUUACCGGGUCUUAUUGUGUUGGUGCUUGCUUUGGAGUCAAGAGUGUAGAUAUGCCAGAUUCUGUAAACUGCAACAUUUUCACAGGCCCUUUACCUCGACCUGCAAAAAUGACAAUCUGAAAAAAAAAUUUGGAUUGGAAAGACUGAAAGAAAUUUUGUCAAAUCAAAAUAAAAUUUGUGAAAAAAUAUUAAAACAGGUGUGAAAAUCUUGCAGUUUACAGAAUUUGAUGAUACAAUAUAGUGUAAGUCCAACAAUAAGGAGGAUGGAUGUAUAUCCAGUUGACUCUUGCGAAAAAUUUGUGAUGGAAACUUGCUGCACUGCGGCUUCAUUUUAACAAAACCAUCGCAACUUUGCUACCACUUAUUGAUGCUCUGCAUUGUGGCCAGUGAACGAAAAGGUGUCUGCAGUUAUUUGUGGGGUCGCAGAUUUGCAAGGGGUUCUUGAAUGUGGCCCCUGAAUUCUCUAAGAUUAUCAUCUUUUAUGAUAAAGUCUUAGUUUACCAGAAGAAAUUUGAGUACCAAGUGUGCCAAUGCACAGCUUUUAAUGCUGAAACGUAUAGUAAUCAUUGAAGGUUGUUUUUGUGACUGUUAAAGUAUAGUAUUAGUAAUGAUGACGUUUGUGUGUAAAUUUAAGGGACAACUUGGGCAUGGAAUUUUCCUGGCCAGGAGAAUGAUAUCCCUGCCUGCCACCAUACACCAACACAUGUAAUAUUACACUCCUGCUGUUCUCUGUUAAUGAUUUUUUUGCGAGUCAGUUGUGGCCAUGGCUUGUGAAUUUCAGGCAGGCCUACGGUUACAUCAAGUUCCAGUGAAUCGUUUAUUGCAGUUUUAUUAUCUUUUUGGAGAAGUCGUGGCCCUGCUGGAAGCAAUUUCAUUAUGAAAAACCAACAUACCUCAUGCCCAAGUUAUCCCUUUAAGUUGUUUAAUGUAAGUGAUGGGUUACAGUUGAAAUAUUGGUCAGAAAUGUGCCAUAAUGCUCAGGUUUAUGAAAAGAUUGUAGCCUUUCAGAUAAAAAAGCAAUUUGUUAAAAUGUGUGGCUGAAUGAGGCUCUUUUUCUUGUCAGGGUAAAUUGUAAAUAGUAAAAAUUGAAAGAAUAGAAAUCCUGAUAAUCUCAUGCGAGAGAGCUGCAUGUACAUGUAGAGUGAGGAUUGCUCAGCUAUGAGCAGACGAUCAUUUGAGACUAGUAGGCCUCCUCAUUGUCAACUUUGGAACUGAAAUGGUCUAGCUGAGGAUUAGAAGAAGAGGUGGGUUCAAGGCAUCUGUUGACACUGUUAGGGUUUUUGGGAGUUUUAUUUCAAAGGGCAGAUUCAGGAGAUUGAAACAGAAGAAUUGUGGUGGCUUUAUGAGCAUGUUUUCUAUUUCAUUUCACUAUUUGAAUAUGAAAAGCAUGCAAUAUUUUGGGCUCUGGGGGACUGCUCUUUUAGUUAGCACUUUGGUCAAAGAGUCGAGUAUUGUUCUGUUGUGAUUGGACUUGAAUCAUUUCCACAGCCGGGCACCAUCUUAGUCCAUCUACUGGUGGCCAAAUGUUACAAUUCACGUUAUAAGAAAUUACUGUACAUUUGCCUAGCAGUGCAUGCCUGCAAUUCGUCUGCUGGAAAGAUGACGUCUGGUUGUGAAAACGAUGAAUAUGUUCUCGUUAUUGCCAUUGCAUUGUGAGUAUUACAUAACAAUUGGUUAGUGGAGUGUCAAAUGCUAUGCCAUAAUGGCACUAGGUUUUUGUACUGAAUACUUUUGAUGCUGUAUCUUUGUUUUAACCUUGUUUGUUUGAAGAACGGUAUCAUUUAACUGAAUUUGUGAAUUGGCAGGAGUCAUCAUUUCAUACUUAAGAUCUAAGAUAAUCUAAAUGUGCAGGUUUCCUGGCAAUUUAUGAGUGACAGUAGGGAGUGAAAUAUCUUGCUUGUGUUCACCUCACCAUUAUUAUCCGCCUGCACGAUAACGUGGGUUGAGUAAACAUAUUCACGGUUUGAAUGUCUUGACGCAUCUUGAUGUCUUUGGUUAUGGUUGACGUCGGAGUCCCCUUGGGCUCUCAACAAGUCCUGGAAAUGGUAUGCAGAGGGCUUGUUCUAGCAGUGCGUCGUUAUAAUGCUAUUUUGACAACCAAGACCUUUGCAUGAAACUUGGAAAUUUAAAGAUGGCAUGCAAGUAAAGUAUAAUGUACUUUUGCAUCCUUUCACAUUUCUUGCACAGCUGGGUGAAUUACGUCCACCCCAGCGCCUGUGUACAAUGUACUUCCCUGGCACUGCACCCAAGUGUAAAGGGCAGUCAUGUGCCACCUGCCCUAUGGGGGCUUGUGUACUUUACGCUCGUUAACAAUGCACCAAAGCGUAAAAUACAAAUAAAUCAACUCGGGAAAUUUAUAGAUAAUAGUCUAGCUCCCAUCUGUUGGAAUAUCAAUGGUUUAGGGUACAUGAUGGUGAAUUAUGGUUUGGAUAUUGUACAGUGUGCCACGCGAGCUAGGUUUAAUUGAGUACCUUUCAGUUACGGGUUAAUGAUAAAUUGAAUUUCGAUACAUUUUCACACAUAUUUGGCCCACAUCGAAUUUGAAUUCCAUUAUUCAUUGGUUGUCAGCAUAAACUUAAUACUGCUCUAGAUUAUUGCGACUUUCUAAAUAAGAAUUUACAUUUUAGAUCAAGUUAUCGGUAAAAUACAUUUGUAAGUCUGCUUUAGUGCGUGCCCCAUUUUUCUUAUUUUCACUGUUGCUUCCAUUUUUUUUCUCGUUUUUCGUUAAAAAAAGGAAGCAUUAGUGUAGUUAGUAAUAAUUUCAAACAAUUGGCAAUGAUAAAGGCCUGAAUCCAUUCCGACUUUCAGGCUUUUGUCAUUUCCACUGGCCUUGUAGUCCCUCUUUCAAUUGCUUAGACUCUAACUUGCUUUACAACUUGCAACUAAAAUUGUGAGGAGAGAAAAAAAUGUGAUUUUUAUCAGGUUCAUUUUUACCCUUUAUGUCGCAAUUUGCAUGUUCAAUUUUUAAAUCUUUGGCUGCAAAUUCUUCCCAUUUUACUGAAAAUUUUGUCUUCCUUGGCCUUCUAUCUUAAAAACUAACAAUGUAAACUUUUUAUGUGACCUAUGUUGCCUUUAUCUUCUAUUUCAUGUUAAAACCAUGUGGUAUUUUAUCUUCGGUCGUCUUCCAAAAUGCUACAUUACUUAAAUCAUUUUCUGCAUCAUGGACUGAAAAGUGAAAUUGGUGUGUUAUCUCUUUCUGACUAUGUGAUAACAGCUUCUUUGAUUUUCUUCUAACACUAUUCGCUUUUAAGUCUUAAAUUAGUACUUGUAAGUGUUAUUCUCAAACAGGUCACGGUUGUUUAAAACAUUAACUGGGCAUUUUUCUUAGCCCAGUAAAGUAACUCCAAUUGAAAGUGAAUGCCAGCAGGGCCGGGUUGUUCAAAACAAGUUUUGUCAUUAAUAUUGGCAUUAAGUCUAAGGGCUUAACUCGAGAAGUUAAUGCCAACGUUAGCGACAAAAUUUGUUUCUAACAGCCCGGCUCAGGUUUGAUAGGAUAUAACUUGUUUUGAGCAGCCAUGCCUGGAUUUUAGCUUAAAAUGAUGAUUUUAUGAUUUUUUGAUUGACAUUGUGAUAAUUAUCAAAUCAGGUUUCAUUGAAUGUCAUAAUGUUGAAUUUGUUAGCGAUAAUGUUUUGAAUGAACAACAUGAAACUAAACUUGUUGAUUAACCCUCCUAUCUCGCAACGUUUAAUGUAAAUGCAGCCAUACUAUAGUUUAGAUAAAGUUCAUCUAGUGUCUUAUUUUGUUUUGGUAUUAAGAUGUUUAUUUUGAGAAUUUGACAUUUGUUGACGCUUUAAAUUUUGUGUAUUAUUUCUUUUUAUAACAUAUGUCUUAAAGAGGAUGGGGUGAGUUGGUAUUUGCUAUAAGAAAUUGGUUAUCAUACAGACUUGCCUCAUAAGCCAUUAGUGUGUAAAUGUGUGUAAUUUCACUACCCAUUUUGCCCUUUAAUAGCGAGAAUUUUUUUUGGUGUACUUUCAGUGGAAUUUCUGCAAUUAAUAGAACAUAACCCAUAAUUAUAAUCAGUUCCCUCAUUUAACGUAACUGUAAUAUUCUGACCAUAAGUUUUGGUUUAGAAAUGCACAGAAAGGGUAGAUUUUGCUUGCAAGUGUAAUAUUUCAGAAGAUUCGUAUCAAGCUGAAUAUAA